AUGGCCACGAUAUCCGGCAUCAUCAUCAUCAUCAACAACAACAACAAGUUCCAGGAAGACCUUGGCGACCUAGACCCAGUCACGGGCGCCUGGGUCAUCUCAGCCGGUGGCCAAACAAUCCUGUACGGGCUCUCGUUGACAGAUAUGUCAUGUCAGUAA